AUGCGCUGCUGCUUUGUAUGGAGGCACACCAAUUCGUUGGAUAUUUUGUCUAUUGCGACCAUACCUGUGGCGCAGACGACACAUGCAGAUGGGCUUGUUGCAAUGCCCCACAUACAAGUCAUACAGCAAGAAAUGCGAUCCAACUCGCCAUUGCAAUCUUUCCUUGAUGCCGAUGCUACACAGCUGUUGGGAGGCAGCGAUAUCAUUGAGGAAGGGAAUGACUAUCUACAUGACGGCUUUUUCGAGUCACACUUUGAUUCAACGCCAUCUCAACCAUCUGCUGCUCGUCGCGCCUGGAACGUUGCCCUGAAACGAUACCAGUCUUCUAGAAUGCACAGCAGUCCCUCUACCCACUUCCGCCGCUCUUUGGGGAGUGCACAUGCACUCCUCACUCGUAUUCCAUUGUCAUUCCGGUACCCUCACCCCGACACCAAUGACACAACCAAAUCUCAGCAAAUUCAGCCCCGUGUACCAUCGAAGUUGCUGCAGUAUGGGACAAACAGGUUUUCGCUGUUUGUUGCUCGAUGGCCAGAACGUGACAAGGUGAAAGGACAGCCGCCACAAAAAGAAUCAUCGCAGACGCAGACAGCGUCCCAGUCAUCACAAAACCACCCUGCUGUUACCUUGACAUCCGCAACAGCUCCCGCUCCUGGCACCAGUACUACUAUGUCAAGUGCGGGGACCACACAGUCACAGCCAAUCCUGUUUCGGGCUCAUAUUGUACUUUUCCUCUGCUGUGUCGUUCCUGUGCCUAUCAAUUAA